GACCUUGGCUCCAUCUCCACCACUGUGCCCAAAUCCAUGGCCAAUUCCCUGAGGGACACCAGGGCCAUUUCCUACUCAGGAUGUGCUGCCCAGCUCUUCCUGGUUAUAUUCUUGCUUGGAGCAGAGUAUUCUCUCCUCACAGUCAUGGCCUAUGACCGCUAUGUUGCCAUCUGCAAACCCCUGCACUAUGGGACCCUCAUGGGCAGCAGAGCUUGUGUCAAAAUGGCAGCAUCCGCCUGGGCCAGUGGUUUUCUCAAUGCUGUGCUGCACACUGCUAACACAUUUUCAAUACCACUCUGCCAAGGCAACACAGUGGACCAGUUCUUCUGUGAAAUCCCCCAGAUCCUCAAGCUCUCCUGCUCAGACUCCUACCUCAGGGAAGCUGGCCUUCUUGUGGUUAGUAUGUGUUUAGGCUUUGGGUGUUUCAUUUUCAUUGUGCUGUCCUACGUGCAGAUCUUCACUGCUGUGCUGAGGAUCCCCUCUGAGCAGGGCCGGCACAAAGCCUUUUCCAUGUGCCUCCCGCACCUGGCCGUGGUCUCCCUGUUUGUCAGCACUGGCAUGUUUGCCUACCUGAAGCCCCCCUCCCUCUCCUCCCCAGCUCUGGAUCUGGUGGUGGCUGUUCUGUACUCAGUGGUGCCUCCAGCAGUGAACCCCCUCAUCUACAGCAUGAGGAACAAGGAGCUCAAGGAGGCACUGAGGAAAGUGAUUCCAUGGACAUUUGUCAGCAGUGGUAAAAUUGCCAUUGCUCUCCACAAAUGA